AUGGCCACACAAUAUCUUGCCGAUCGCAAUGGUUGGCUAUCGUUCCGAAGCAGCACGCCUGUCUUGUACAUCACAGCAGAGGACGACGAGUUUGACCUCGAAACCAUGAAGGCAUGGCGCGACGAGGGUUUCAUUGUCAAAUACAUUCCAUUUGGCAAAGGCGGAAAGCAAUACGUGAAUACGCUGUAUAAACUGGGCGAUGGAAUGGGCAUUGGCGAGCGCUAUGCGAUCCCCACUGCAGCCUUUGGCGACGCAGCAGCCGUAUGUCUAGAUGUCUACUCAGAGCCAAAAACAGCGACAUCAAAACUAUGUUCGCUUGUCGCAUACUACCCCUCUUCCAUCCCAGAUACACGGCAUCGCUUCACCUCGUCUUUUCGCGUACUGGUCCACCUUGCAGAGGGUACAAAAGGCCAUGAGGAAGUAGUAGGCGUUACACGCAGGCCAGAAGUCCUCGGUAUACAAGGGAAGCGCAAGACAGUACGCAAGCGCGUCACACCUGGCAUAGGUGCAGGAGGACUCCAGGACAAGAUCGUCUACCCGUGUUACACGUACGAAGAUGUAGACGCCGGCUUCGCGGAACACGAUCUCGACGCAUACGACGCCGUCGCCGACGCCAUAGCGUGGAGCCGCAGCCUCAGCACCGUCCGCCGCGGCUUCAGCGCCGAAGUCGACCUCGAGCGCGUCUGGGAAGAAAACGAAGAACAACGAUACCGCGGCAAAAACGUCGACAAACUCUUAGACACCUACGUCAAAUCCCCAACCCCCUUUCUCAACUUCACCCCAACUCUAACCGGCGCCCACGGCCGCCCAGACCUCCACCGCUUCUACAAAGACUUCUUCCUCAAACACGCACCACCCACCACACACAUGCGCCUCGUCUCCCGCACCAUCGGCACCGACCGCAUCGUCGACGAACUCUACCUCCAAUUCAAGCACACCUGUCCGAUGCCGUGGAUCCUGCCCGGCGUUGCCCCGACUAACCAAAAAGUCGAAAUCGUCCUGGUCAGCAUUGUCGCGUUUCGCGCGGGUAAGGUGUGGUGUGAGCGUGUGUAUUGGGAUCAGGCUAGUGUUUUGUUCCAGGUUGGGUUGCUGGAUCCCGAGGAGGUGCCGGAGGAGGCGCGGAAGGGUGGGCUCGAGAUGUUGCCGGUCAGCGGGAGUGAGGCGGCGAGGAAGGUUAUGGAUGAUGAGAGCGAGGAGGCGAAUGACAUGAUUGAUGAUUGGUGA